AUGGCAUCAAAAAGGCUUCUAUUCAAAUUACAAACUGUUAAUUAUCCUUCGCGUUUAUUUUCGUUAUCGACUAGAACUCAUGCUGAAGAUAUUAUUCCGCCAAAAUUUCAAAUCGAUUUACCUGGAGUGGAAAAUUAUGGUUUUGAAGGUGAAUCGUCAUUUAUGAGAUGUAAAUACGGAGCAGUUGCUUCGGAUUCUGAUGAAGCAUCAAAAGUUGGCCGACGUAUUCUCAACCUAGGCGGUUCUUCUGUCGAUGCUGCGAUUGCUGUUCUUCUAUGUGUUGGCGUACAUAACUGCCAUUCAAGUGGUAUCGGCGGUGGAUUGUUGAUGAAUAUUUAUGAUGUCGAACGUAAGGAAUGUGUAUCUAUCGAUGCACGUGAAGCAGCGCCAUCCAAUGCACAUCAGCGAAUGUUUGUGGAUGGUAAACCACCACCGUCAUCAACGCAGGGUGGCUCAGCUAUUGGUAUACCCGGUGAAAUAGCUGGCUUUUGGAAGGCUCACAAGCGUUAUGGUAAAUUGCCAUGGGCAGUCUUAUUUCGACCAGCUAUUGAUAUGUGUAAUGAAGGAUUCUCGAUACGAAAGGCACUGGCUUUUAGUAUCUUGAAAUGUAAAAAUAAACUAUGGGAAGAACGAUCUUUCCGACGAGUAUUUUUCAAAGGUGAUUCAGAUCAUGUAUAUGGUUUAGGUGAUACGAUUUAUCGGCCACGUCUUGGGAAAACGUUAUCGAUUAUUGCGGAAAAAGGACCUAGCGCUUUUUAUGAAGGAGAACUAUCGGAAAAAAUCUGCGAAGAGAUACAAGAACACGGGGGAAUUAUCAAUCCUUAUGAUUUAGAAACGUAUCAUGCAAGAGUUAAACCUUCAAUUAGUGUGACAUUAGGUGGAAAUUAUACGGCCUAUGGUGUCCCGCCACCUGCGAGCUCUGCAAUAACUCUUCUCAUUCUGAAAGUAAUGGAUGGGUAUGGUUUAACACCGCAUUCGUUAGAUUCAGAUGAGAAACAAGUGAGAUUUUAUCAUAUACUUAAUGAAACGUUCAAAUAUGCCUAUGGAAAACGAUCAGCUAUGGGAGACGAAUAUGACUCACAAACUGAAAAAAAUCAAAAUAUUGAACAACUAUUAAACCUUGUAUUGUCUCCUGAAUAUGCCGAAGAGAUUAGAGAAAAGAUCAAAGAAGACAAAACACAACCAUUGGAAUACUAUGAACCUAUGUUCGAACCGCAGACAGAUCACGGUACAAGUCAUUGUUCAAUUAUUGAUGCCGCAGGAAAUGCUGUUGCUGCAACCAGUACGGUUAACACUGAUUUUGGUGCUUUUGUUUAUGGACGCCAUACAGGAAUUAUCUAUAAUAAUCAAAUGGAUGAUUUUUCUCAGCCUGGCUUAGCUAAUUAUUAUGGUUACGCUCCGAGCCCAGCUAAUUUCAUCACUCCUUUCAAACGACCGAUGUCAUCGAUGAGUCCUCUGAUUGUUACUGAUUCGAGUGGAGAAGUUAUUCUAAUUCUUGGCGGUUCUGGUGGAAGCCGGAUAAUAUCAUCCGUUGCUCAAGUUGCUAUAUACAAUCUAUGGCUUGGUAAAAGUAUUCGUGAUGCUGUUGAUAUGCCUCGUCUACAUCAACAAUUGAUUCCAAUGGAAUUAGAAUUAGAAAAACGCUUUCCCGUGAAUGUUGUACAUGGUCUUCUGGCGAAAGGACAUACCAUGUCUGGUUUUCGGGGUGGAUGUGUUGUUCAAGCAGUUGAACGUCGUCAUGCAAAUGAAUUAUGGGCUGUAAGCGACGCAAGAAAAGGUGGAGUACCAGAUGGUCUUGGCUACAAACAUAUCACUAAACGUUUUCAAAACUGGUUUCGUCGCACGUUUAAACGAAGUAAAGAACAACAGUUGCUGGAACAAGAAAUUGAAAAAGCUCGUCUAUAUACGCCGAAAUAG